ACACAGAAAAAUUCUUGUAUAAUGCUAACAGUCCCAGUGAUGUUCAGAUCUGGAAGUCAGUGGUUAGAUUAAUGAUAAAGAGUAAAAGAAACUAUAUAAGCAUUUUCUUAAAACAAACUGGAAAGAUCAUGUGAUUUUUAAUCAAGUGUAUCGUUUUCUUAUUACAACAAUCAGUAAUAAUAUUCUACAAACACGUAUUUUUUCCAAUAACGAAACUAACCUGAAAUUAACGGUGUUACGCGACAUUAUAUGCGUAUUUUUUAAUAUAACAAUAUGUUAUGAAAAUCCUGUAAUAAACAUCACGUACAUAUUUCUUAAAAGAUGGAUUUGAAAGCUACAGUUAUUUCUGGAGAAGCUCCAGAGUCUGAUGAUGAUGCAUCGAUCAUCGCCACUGUAUGUCAUGGUUUAGGAUUUCCCUCUAUGCGAGCACCAUCAACUUACUGUGGUACUAUUAUCUCCGGUGAAGCACCAGAAUCUGAUGACGAUUUAACAAGCUUGAGUAGCAUUAGUGGAGCGAUGGAUGCCAUGGCUUGCCCUCCUUAUACAGAUCUUAAGAUAUCAAAAUCUAAAAAGAGUUCUAUCAAAUACAAUAGUUUACUUCACAAAAAAUUACACGAAUGCAAUGAAACUUUGGAUAGAGACAUUCUGCAAAUGACCGAGGGCACGAUCGCAAACAGCAUACAAGAUUUGUCAACUGUUAAUCGACAAUUGCUGAGAAGUGAACUGGUAUUACAAGAGGCUGUUUGUCAAUUACGUAACGCAUCCAGUCGGAUAAAAGAUACCUCCCACGCUCUACAUCAACUUAUAAACGACAACUUCUUGAAUUCCAUUAAAACUUAAUUCCUCUAAAAUUAUUAGUGCGUAUUUUUAUUCUUAAAAUUUACUUGAUAACAAUGAGUAAUAUGGCAUGUGUUAAUAUAGAACAUGCUAUUUUUGUGAUACCGCGCAUUAGAUGCGGGUAUGAAAGAGAUGCGCAAGAUCCUCUUUAUGAUCGGAGAUAUUAUUUGAGCAUUAAUCGAUUUUUCCUUUAACUCUGGCAGUAUUAUUUAAUGUGUCCUUUUUAUAUACUUUCUAACACAUCUUCAUUCAUUUUGGGAAAGUUUCGUAUCAAUCACUUCAAUUCGUUAUAAACUAAUACCCUAAGAUCGAUUUGUGGAACCGAAAGUAUUGCGCCUAAUUUAACAUGAUAUAUCCGAUCGAUAACAACAAAUAGUUUAAUACUGUUGCGCUUUUCAUUUCCAUGAAUUCAAAUGCGGCGGUGGUAUAUUUGCAUUCCGAUGUAAAUAUAUGUAUAAUGCGGUUAAUGUGUAUGUGCAUAGGAGAUAUGAUAAUUAUAUUACAAUAUAAAUAUCAAGGAACACACGUUACAAUAUAUUGAAAAGGCAUUUCUACAAAGAAUAGACAUACACUUUCUUAUUACGGUUUAAAAAAAUGUAAGUAUUAUCUAUAUUUUAUCUUUAUAAUUUGUAACUUUCGAGGAUCAUGAAUAUAAAUAUGACAUUGCUUUUGUUAGAUUAUAUUAUAUAAUCCUUUAAUUGUGGAAUAAUAUUUAGUACCUAUAGCUAUGUGUAUGUAUAAUCUUGCUAGAAAUACCUAUUUCUUUACUGCAAAUUUCCACGUUUUUGUUUUUUUAUCAAAUAGCACAAUUUUGCUUGGUAUCAAAGGGCUGAUAUCGAC